UUAUAAUGAGAAGGACCUCCGCCGUACCGUAGUGGUCGUUUCUUCUUCCUCUCGCUCUCUCUCUGCUUCCAUUCUCUCUCUAGCUGCUUCCCUCUUUCUCUCUCUGCUUCUGUCGCUGUGUUUGGGUUUGUGUGAUCAAGGAAAUGAAGCUUAUGGGAUUCCUUGCUACGCUUUUGAGCUUCAAUUUGGUCAUUUUUGCUGUUAUUGCUUCGCACCAGACUUGUCCAGCUGACAUUAGCGUCAAGUGUGGUGAUGGUUCGUCGAAUGAAUGGGAGGGAGAAUUCUUUCCUGGAAUUUCGAAAAUCAAAUACGAGGGUUCCAAUAGCAAAAACCCUCUUUCAUAUAAAUGGUAUAAUGCUGAUGAGGAGAUUCUUGGAAAGAAAAUGAAGGAUUGGCUGAGAUUUAGUGUUGCCUUUUGGCAUACAUUUCGUGGAACUGGAGCUGAUCCUUUUGGUGCUCCAACGAAAAAAUGGCCAUGGGAAGAUGGCACAGAUUCAGUAGAAAUGGCCAAAAGAAGAAUGAAGGCGAACUUCGAAUUCAUUAACAAGUUAGGUGUUGAAAGAUGGUGCUUUCAUGACAGAGAUAUUGCACCUGAUGGGAAGACACUUGCAGAAACUAAUGCAAAUUUGGAUGAAGUAAUUGCCCUUGCGAAGCAACUUCAGAAGGGAAAUAAUAUCCGGCCGUUAUGGGGCACAGCGCAACUUUUCAUGCACCCUCGUUACUUGCAUGGUGCUGCCACGAGCUCUGAGGUUGGAGUUUAUGCUUUUGCUGCAGCUCAAGUCAAGAAAGCCAUGGAGGUCACACACUAUCUUGGAGGAGAAAAUUAUGUUUUUUGGGGUGGUCGAGAAGGGUAUCAAACUCUCUUGAACACUGAUAUGAAAAGAGAACUUGACCACUUGGCAAAUUUUCUUCAAGCUGCUGUUGAUUGGAAGAAGAAGAUCGGUUUUACCGGCACUCUGUUGAUAGAACCAAAACCUCAAGAACCAACCAAACACCAGUAUGAUUGGGAUGCUGCUACCACAUAUGCUUUUCUACAGAAGUAUAGUCUUGAAGGAGAGUUUAAAUUAAACAUUGAAUGUAAUCAUGCUACUCUCUCUGGUCACAGCUGCUUUCAUGAACUUGAAACUGCGAGAAUAAAUGGAUUGCUGGGCAACAUUGAUGCUAACACUGGUGAUCCUCAGAUUGGAUGGGAUACUGAUCAGUUCCUUACAGACAUUGGAGAGGCCACUUUGGUCAUGCUAAGUGUGAUUAGAAAUGGAGGAUUGGCCCCUGGAGGUUUCAACUUUGAUGCUAAAUUGCGGAGAGAGAGUACUGAGGUGGAGGACAUUUUCCUCGCUCACAUUUCUGGUAUGGACACCUUGGCCCGUGGUCUCCGAAAUGCUGCCAAGCUCAUUGAGGAUGGUUCGCUUGCCGAGCUUGUGAGGAAACGAUAUCAGAGCUUUGACUCGGAAAUUGGUGCUGAAAUUGAGGCCGGAAAGGCCGACUUUGAGACGCUGGAGAAGAAGGCCAUGGAAUGGGGUGAACCUCAUGUGCCCUCUGGGAAGCAGGAACUUGCGGAGAUCAUUUUCCAGUCUGCUUUGUGAGAAUGGGGCGGGCUGAAAUAAUAAGAAGAAUGGUAUUUUCUAAUAAUAUCUUACUUGGAAUGAGAGUUGUGUAAAUGUGAAUGUUACACGGAGCUUCAUAUGUGGACCAUAACCCUUCUACAUAAAACAUGGAUCCAAAUAAAUGAUUAAUAAAUGAUUGCAUGAAAUUGACAACUAAGGGCCCAUCAAGUUUGAUUAGACAAAGUCUGGCCCAGCUGAGUUUGACAAUUUGGGUACUAAUUGUGUUCGAGCAGAUUUAGGACAAUACUGGAAGUUUGAAUUUAGCAUGGGUAAGAAAUUCGAAACAAUGCUAG